AUGUCUGAAUCAGUUUCCGGCGAUGCAGAAGUAUCAGUGUCAGCAGCUUCCUCCACCAAACGCCGCCGUGGAGGUUGGAUCACCUUUCCGUUUAUGAUAGCUACGUUGUUAGGCCUGACAAUAGCUGCUUGGGGUUGGUUACUUAACUUGAUCGUCUACUUGAUCGAAGAAUUCAACGUGAAGAGCAUCGCGGCUGCUCAAAUUGCCAACAUUGUUAGUGGCUGUAUCUGUAUGGUUCCAGCCAUUGUAGCUGUUUCUGCUGACUCUUUCUUCGGAACCAUCCCUGUUAUAUCUGUUUCAGCUUUCAUUUCUCUAAUGGGCGUUGUGCUGCUGACUCUAACCGCUGCGCUUGACUCUUUAAAACCAAAACCUUGUGAAACAGGGUCAAUCCUAUGCGAGUCACCUUCGAAAAUCCAGCUCGGUGUGCUUUACACGGCUAUAACACUAGCCUCCAUAGGAACAGGUGGGACAAGGUUCACAUUAGCAACAGCUGGUGCGAACCAGUACGAGAAAACCAAAGACCAAGGAAGCUUUUUCAACUGGUUCUUCUUCACAACGUAUCUAGGAGGAGCGAUAAGUGCAACAGCCAUUGUCUACUCUGAAGACAACGUCAGCUGGACCUUCGGUUUUGCUCUUUCUCUAGCUGCUAAUCUUCUGAGCUUUGUGGUUUUCAUCUCCGGGAGAAGAUUCUACAAGUAUGACAAGCCUUUGGGAAGUCCCUUCACUAGUCUACUUCGCGUUGUUUUCGCAGCUGUACACAAAAGAAAAGCUGUGGUUUCCACUGAUGAAAAAGACUACCACAACGAGUCAACCACAGUUCCCACAAAGAGUUUGAGGUUCUUUAACCGUGCAGCGUUGAAACAAGAAGACGAAGUGAAACCAGACGGUACAGUUAUCAAUCCGUGGAGACUAUGCAGCGUUAAGCAAGUGGAAGAUUUCAAAGCAGUCAUAAGAAUCAUCCCUCUUGCGUUAGCAACGAUCUUCUUGAGCACUCCAAUCGCUACGCAGCUAAGCUUAACAGUUCUUCAAGGUCUAGUUAUGGACCGGAGGCUAGGUCCUAGCUUCAAAAUCCCUGCAGGCUCUCUCCAAGUCAUCACGCUUCUCUCAACUUGCCUGUUUAUCAUAGUCAACGAUCGGUUUCUCUACCCGUUUUACAAAAAGCUAACCGGAAAGUUCCUCACGCCGCUCCAGCGAGUCUUUAUAGGUCAUGUUUUCAACAUUCUAAGCAUGGCAGUGACUGCUAUUGUCGAAGCAAAGCGAUUAAAGAUAGUAGAGAAGGGUCGUUUUCUAGAGUCAUCAUCUGUUGCUGACAUGUCAGUCUUAUGGCUAUUCCCUCCUCUAGUCAUAGUUGGAAUCGGAGAGGCUUUCCAUUUCCCAGGCAAUGUAGCUCUGUGCUAUCAAGAGUUUCCAGAGUCUAUGAGAAGCACCGCAACAUCGAUAACCUCGGUGGUGAUUGGGAUAUGUUUCUACACAAGCACUGCUAUAAUUGAUCUGAUCCAGAGGACUACAGAGUGGUUACCAGAUGACAUAAACCAUGGAAGAGUUGACAAUGUUUACUGGGUUUUAGUCAUAGGAGGAGUGUUGAAUCUUGGUUAUUUCCUUGUGUGUUCUUGGCUUUACACAUACAGAAACCUUAAGGAUGAUGAUGAUCAGAAACAAGAUGUUGCUGUCUCUCACUCUUAA